GGCUGGGCCGCCCCUACGCGAGCAGCCGCCGCUGUCGCGGUCGCGGCGGGAGAGGUGACAAGCCGCUGUGCGGAGCCGCCUCCGACCGGGUGGGAGAAGCGGGUGCUCCCGCCCUCGCCCUUGCGUGCCCCGCUCCGAGGUCAGUGACUUAAAAAGUGCCUUUGUCAAGUCACUUUUAUGAGUGAGGAUUGCUUCGCCUGUGUUCUCCAAAUCCUGUCUUUGCCAGCCAGACAUUGCCUUCACCUUACACCUGGCAGAAGAUACCUCAGCUGUCUCCAUUUGCCAAUUAGUUGAUGGGAAACUGAAAACAGAAAAAGAGGAAGAAUAAUUAUUAUUAUUCCUGGGACACGAACAAAUGACUGCAUUGCUUUUCAUCUGUAGUGAAUACCAGCAAGCGAUUGUCAGAGAACUGUUCUAUCAAGGAGUGCCAUUGCAUUGAAAGACCUUGGCUUAAAACUGGUGCAUCCGUGAUAACAAUCAACAGGCCCAAGUGUUUUACAGACAGAAAUGCUUCUGAGCAUGGUUUUUCCCAGCCAAAAGUCUACAAGCGGGACUUAAUGAUUGAUGAAUGACUGCUUGCUGAUAAACUUUCUCUGUUUAUUCUGCUUUGUGUGUUUUGGACAUAGUUAAUCGUUCCCACUUUUUUUUUAACUUUCUUUUCAAUUGGAGUUUAAUUUUUUUUCUGGUUAUUUUUUUUUGUUUGUGUCUUUUUUUUUUUUUCUUCUCCCUUUUCUUUGUCAUUAGUUUUGGAAAUUUCCUUGGCAUAAUCCGCUUGACAGCAACUUACAAAUUCGAAAUCAGCUUUUCAUCAUGGCUUUGAAUGUUGCUCCUGUAAGAGAUACAAAAUGGCUAACCUUAGAAGUGUGCAGACAAUUUCAGAGGGGAACUUGUUCACGCUCUGAUGAAGAAUGCAAAUUUGCACACCCUCCUAAAAGCUGCCAGGUUGAAAAUGGAAGAGUUAUUGCCUGCUUUGAUUCCUUAAAGGGUCGUUGUACAAGAGAGAACUGCAAGUACCUUCAUCCACCAACUCAUUUAAAAACUCAACUGGAAAUCAAUGGCAGGAACAACUUAAUCCAACAAAAAACUGCAGCUGCAAUGCUUGCCCAGCAAAUGCAAUUCAUGUUUCCAGGGACACCGCUACAGCCAGUGCCCACAUUUCCAGUGGGUCCCACAAUAGGAACGAACACGGCUAUUAGCUUUGCUCCUUACCUAACGCCAGUAACACCAGGAGUUGGCUUAGUCCCGACUGAGAUCCUACCCACGCCGCCUGUCAUUGUUCCUGGAAGUCCGCCGGUUUCAGUCCCUGGUUCAACUGCUACCCAGAAACUCCUCAGGACUGAUAAACUGGAGGUGUGCAGGGAGUUCCAGCGAGGAAACUGUGCGCGUGGAGAGACUGAUUGCCGCUUUGCGCAUCCGGCAGACAGCACAAUGAUUGACACAAACGACAACACCGUAACCGUGUGUAUGGAUUACAUAAAAGGUCGUUGCAUGAGGGAGAAAUGCAAAUAUUUUCACCCUCCUGCACAUUUGCAGGCCAAAAUCAAAGCGGCGCAACACCAAGCCAACCAGGCUGCGGUGGCAGCCCAGGCAGCUGCGGCAGCUGCGACUGUGAUGGCCUUUCCUCCUGGUGUUCUUCACCCUUUACCAAAGAGACAAGCACUUGAAAAAAGCAAUGGUGCCAGUGCCGUUUUCAAUCCCAGUGUCUUGCACUAUCAACAGGCUCUUGCCAAUGCUCAGUUGCAGCAACACGCGGCGUUUAUCCCGACAGAUAAUCCUGAAAUAGCCGGCAGGAGCGGGACGGAGUGUCACGAAGCCUCCCUGCGGACGGCCAAGCACGGCUACUGUACAUACUACCCCGUCUCCUCCUCUCUAGAGUUGCCACAAACUGCAUGCUAAGUCAAGAAUUUGUUCUUAUGGACAAAUCACAAACUCGAAAAAGCUAGUGCUGCUAUGUCAUAUAUGAAUAUUAAAUAUGGUAUGCUUACUAUACUCCAACCUUAAAAUAGUUAACUACCUGAUACCAGCUGUGAUGUUUCGAGGCAUAAAGGGUAACAUUUAGUUUUAAAGAUUUUUUCUAAGCAUAGUUUAAUUCUUGCAAACGUCGUCUUUUCUCCAUAACGAUGCCUAACGAAAUGGUCCGGUUCAGUUAGCCUCGUGAGAUUCAGCACUGAUGAAUCUUUCGAGCUCAGCAAUAAUUAAGUUGUAUUGGCAAAAAAAAAAAAAUGUACCCCGGUUGCAGGUUUAAUUUCCCCCUGAACUAUGAUUGGGGUUUUACUUCUCGGUUAAAAACAAAACAAAACACCAAACAACCUUGGCGAGUUGAUUCCAAGACGGAGGAAGUGAAACGCAGCCUCCGGCGUCCUGCACGUCACUCUGCCAAUCUGAAUAUUUUUAGCCAGAAGUCCAAAGUAAAGCACAAAUUCUUUAGAUGCACAUGGUUGGUGUUUGACUUGUAUGGAGAAGUUGCAUUUGAAUCAUAGCAGAGUAGCAGAAGAAAAACGUUAAAUUUUGCACAGUAUGAGCUUCAUACCCCUUUGAGUCCCCAAAAGAACAAAGUCUUGAGAAUAUUAUUUUACAAGUAUAUUUAUAAUGUUUUUAAAAGAGACUUUGCAGAAGUGCCUAAAUUUUGUCACAUCAGACUUGAUGAAAGUGAGCCUGAUGCCAACAGUCAGAUCUCACCGGAAGCGAAUAGUCUUUCAAACUCAUCGUCAGGUUACCAAAAAAAGAUCCAAGCUGUUAAGAAGUAACUUCUAGAAGUGUAAACUCAAAACAAACAAAGAAAAAAAGACCAAACUAAUGUAAGAAAAGGAGAAAGAGAAGGCUGUAGAUGACCAGAUUUGUAUGAUACUCUAAUUUAAUUAAAAUUCAGCUGAGUCACUGAAACUUCAGAGGUGACUUUAAUCUAGACUAUUAACUGAACACUAAGAAUGUAGAACGAGAUGCAGUUUAAUAAGUCAUUACUAUAUUUGCUUUGGUUUUUGUUUUUGAUUGGAUUACAGGAUUGUAACCAGGUUAGAGUGGAGGAAAACAAAAUAGUUCUUUUAAUUGUUUUUUCUUUAAAAACAUAUUUUAUGUCACAAAAGUAUGAAGAUAUCUUUAAUACAAUUAUAUACAUGUUAUAUAUACAUACAUACAUAUAUAUGGAUG